CGUUUUCACUCGGAACACUCGACGUUUAUUAUUUAUCCGAAAAGUUGAGAUUUGUUCCGUUAUCGGAAUACCCCGCCUAUUAUCAUUGAGUUACAUUGUAAAUGGCGGCGCCCGACUAGAACUGACACUGAAAAUUUCAUUGAUAGACCAAAUCUUCUAACAUGGAGAAUUAUUUGAAAGGUGAAGUAAGAGAAGUAGAAAUGCCUGAUAUGUUCUCACUAGGAAAAAAAGAUGUACACAUGAAAGUGGCAGCUGGUAGUAAAAUCAGAAAUCUCAUGGGAUAUGCAAUGAAGAAAAUUAAAGACCCUGAUACAAAGCAGCUGUGUUGGUCUGGUAGUGGUAAAGCAAUUACAAAGACUGUUUCUUGUGCUGAAAUCAUGAAAAGAAAAAUCAAGGGGUUACAUCAAGUAACAGAGAUCAGGAAAAAACGCAUUGAAGAAUAUUAACCUAAAAUAGAAGGUUUAGAAAGGUUAAAGGUAAACAGAGAUGUUCCUGCCAUAUCAAUUUUGUUGUCAAAGGAACAGUUGGACAAAGAUCAUUCAGGUUACCAGGCUGCAGGCAGUUUUGAUGAGUUUUGGAAGGAUGUAAUACAGAAGGACAAGGCAAGAUCAUCUUUGGGUCAAAAAGGCAAACAUGGACUUAGGAAUAUCUAUUUUGAAGGUACAAAAGAGUUAAGUAAUGAUGGGUCAAGAAGCAAGACAGAUAAUAACUAUGACAAUAGUAAAAGAAAGUUAAAGAAUCAGAACAAAGGAAGAGGAAGAUACAGAGGAAAGAAGGAAGGAGACAGACCUGGGCCCGACAGUAGUGUAGCUGACAUUUCCUAGCUAGACAUUUAAAUUCAAUAAGAUCAUUGUAACUAUUAAACAUCAAUGAUACUUGAAGAAGGAUAGAUAAAUGUUCAUAGCAUUAAAUCAUAACAAAAUGUGUAAAAUUACAUACAUCCAUGCCUAUUAUAGUUUCAAAUGUACUGACCAACUUUCUGGUAUACUUAAUGAAUUAUAACUGUUAUAUAAAAUGGCAUUUAGUUUUAUUAUCCUCACUGUUGAUACAUUUUGCCCAUUCUCAUUAAAACACAGCAUUUGGUUUUCCACUGGGUAACUUUGAGAAUGUGUUCUAGAAAUAUGUGUUCCAGAAAAAAUGAAACAUACACAAUUAGUCAUGCAUGCAUAUGCACUUUGAUUAUUAGUGAAAGGUAUAUUUGGCUGUUUAAACCUCACUGAUGUCAUGGAUGAUCAAAUGUUACUAAAUACAUAUAAAUAAAUAUGUACAAACUUAAAAAAUUUGUGAACAAAACAGAAAUUAUAAAAAUGAUAUAAUGCAUGCUAUAAUACAGCGUAUAAAUAAUUAUAAACAAAAAUAAGUUGUCUGCCUCUCAAAAUUCAUUCUGCUUUUUUAGCUCACCUGUCACAAAGUGACAGGGUGAGCUUUUGUGAUCGCUUUUCGUCUGGCGUCCGGCGUCCGUAAACUUUAAAUGACAUCUCCUCAUAAACCGCUGAGCCAAUUUCAUCCAAACUUCACAGGAAUAUUCCUUUGGUGGUCACCUUUAAAAAUUGUUCAAAGAAUUUAAUUCCAUGCAGAACUCUGGUUGCCAUGGCAACCGAUAGAAAAAACUUAAAAUAUCUUCUUUUAAAAAACCCAAAGAGGUAGAGCUUAGAUAUUUGGCAUGAAACAUCUUCUAGUGAGUGUCUAUCAAGUUUGUUCAAAUAAAAGCCCUGGGGUCAAAAUUGGCCCCGCCCUAGGGGGUCAUUUAUUUUCCCUAUAUGCAUAUUGUAAAAACUUAGAAAAUCUUCUUUUAAAGAACCCAAAGAGCUAGAGCUAAGAUAUUAAGCAUGAAACAUCUUCUAAUGAGUGUCUAUCAAGUUUGUUCAAAUAAAAGCCCUGGGGUCAAAAUUGGCCCCGCCCCAGGGGGUCAUUGAUUUUCCCUAUAUGCAUAUAGUAAAAACAUCAAAAAAACUUCUUUUAGAGAACCCAAAGAGCUAGAGCUAAGAUGCUUAGCAUGAAAGAUGUUCUAAUGGGUGUCUACCAAAUGUGUUCAAAUAAGAGCCCUGGGGUUAAAUUGGCCCUGUCCCGGAGGUCAUUGAUUUUCCUUAUAUGUGUAUUGCAAAAGCUUUUUAAAAGAAUCUUCUUUGAAAAAACCCAAAUCGCUAGAGUUUAGAUAUUAACCCAUUGCUUCAUGAGCAUUUUGUGAAAAAUGGCUGUUUUCAUUGAAAAGUCUCCCGUUACAAGUUCAAAUUGCUAUAAUACUAUAAAAACUGCUUCAACACUAAUCAAACUUGGCACAAAUGUUGACUGGACCAUUGCCCUUGCAACAACAUGCUCAGGCUUAAAUUUUCUGUUACCAUGGCAACGAGGGGACAUCUCAAAAUUGCGAAAAAUCACUAUUUUGCGUUGACUUUUUCCAUCAAAAUUGAUUUCAAAGUGCUGCAACUUCUCAAUGGAUUGAGAUAGAGUCAAAUGCUUUUCAGCGUUGGUUACACGUUACCUUAUGACCAAUCUGGGGUCAUUUACAGCCUCUCACAAGUCCAAAAUUUUCUUGGCGAUGAGGGGGACUCCGCCCCCCUUCAAACCCCCCCAAACAGAAGGGGGCACAUCCCCCUUCUGGCAACCCCCUGAUGUAUCUUUUGGUUGGGGGGCCGCGCCGAAAAAGAGGUCACUUUUUUUAACAACAUUUCUCAAACAAAAACAAGUGUUUGGGGCCUAAAUAAGGCAUUUUUUCAUCAUUUCAGUCAACAAAAAGGGGGGGGGGUGAAAAAGGCGUUAAAAGGCGUGUAUAUGAAGUAAUGGGUUAAGCAUGAAACAUCUUCCAGUUAGUGUCUUCAAAGUUUGUUCAAAUAAAAGCCCUAGGGUCAAAAUUGGCCUUGCCCCGGGGGACAUUAAUUUUCCUUAUAUGUGUAUAGCAAAAACUUAAAAAUCUUCUUUGAAUAAAAAGAAAUAGCUAGAGUUUAGAUAUUAAGCAUGAAACACCUUCUAGUGAGUGUCUUCAAAGUUUGUUCAAAUAAAAGCCCUGGGGUCAAAACUGGCCCCGCCCUAGGGAUGUCAUUGCUUUUAACUAUAUGUGUAUAGUAAAAACUUAAAAAAUCGUUUUUUUAAAAACCCAACGAGCUAGACCUUAGAUGUUUAGUAUGAAACAUCUUCUAAUGGGUGUCUACCAAUUUUGUUCAAAUAAAAGCCCUGGGGUUUAAACUGGCCUCGCUCUGUGGGCCUAUAUACAGGUGAGCGACUUCAGGGCCAUCAUGGCCCUCUUGUUGAAAAUUUCAUUUUUAAUUCAUUUUUUCUCAACUGCAUUUUAGAUUGAAUGGUUUUAACGCUAAUCCAUUCAAGAAAAAUCCAAUUAGAAAGAAAGGUACUCUUUGUGUAAUUCUUAUAUAUUGACCAUGACUUAUUGAUCAUGAUACGAUCUUGUUAUGCUUCUCAUUUUUAUGCCCCCAGGCAUAUAGUAAGUAAUUGAAUGGUCUGUCCGUCUGUACAAACCCAGAGGUACUUGUGUGACUUGGAGAACAAUAAGUAACAGUAAAUUCUCUUUCAUCCAAUUCUGAUUUUACUUGUGUGUCUUUUUUUUAAAAAGACUAAAACAGGCUAAAAAGAUCAAUGGAAAAGUCACAUAAGUACCAUUUCUUAAGUAUGUCCGUCGAUCUGUCUGUCUGUCUGUCUGUCUGUCUGUCUGUCUGUCUAUACGAGGUUAACCUAAAAUGGCAAGUUUGAUUUUUCUUAAGUUCUACCUAUACCAAUGACUUAAUAAUUUACACACUUACUAAUCAACACAAAGUACAUGAUCUGGAUACGAGGAAUUAUAUCACGAGGACAUAGCCCGAGUGAUAUAAUGAUGUGCAUCCAAACGACAAACAGUGAUGUUAUCAAGCGAUAAACUCACUGAUUUGGAUAUAUUAUUUCGAUUCUUACACGACAUCAACAAAUAAAUGCUGCCGUACCUGAUAUUAAGCAAAUUGCGCCUGAUUUGUUUCUUAUUAUUGUUACUUCUUUCAAGUGCGUCGGAUUCUUUUAGUGAUUACGUCACAUGUAUAAUGAUUACGUCACAUAUCUAAAUAUAGAACGUCAACUGUGACUCUAUUUGCAUAAUAACACACACUUUCUGUUCUUCUAUAUUCAAUAGUGAAAAAUGCGGGUCGUGUUAGAAUUAAUGAUAUCUUUCAUAUUUGGUAGGUAGAUACCUAAAAUGGUCCUCAGAUUUUUUUUGGAGUAAUGGGUCUCUAAGUCAAGGUCAAUGGUGUAAAAAACAAAUUUUAACAUUUUUGCUCAUACAAUCGUUAUUAUAAAUACCGUAAAAUUCCUAAUAAUCGCCCCUCCCCUAAUAAAGGCCCCCAGGCCUUUUGAUAAGAAAAACAAUCUACUCAUCAGUGCUGAAUUCAUGAGAAAAUCCAUAAUUUCAUUCAAAUCAUUCAAAAUCCAUUUUAUUUUAUAGAAUGAACUUUAAAAUCUGAACACUUUUUAAUGUUAUUACCAACACUUGCUAGCACUAAAUGUAUUUACAAUGAUUUUUACAAUGAUUUUUGGCUUUAGGAAAAACUGUGUUGUAAUAAUAGCCCCCCUUGGCUAACUCGACGGUAACGGAACACUGACUGUCUGAUUUGUUUAUUAUGUCUCUUUUCACAGUUUGAGUUAUUGUAAGGCAUAGAAAUCUGCUUUAUACUAAUGCCUAAAUGCACAAGGAAGUUAAAAUCGGUAUGAAUAAAAUAUAAAGUAUUUGUAUAACCCGUUGCUUUUGUAUAUUAAUUUCCCAAAAUAUCAACGCAACGGAAAAGACAUUUAUCGGCGCCAAGUUCUAUUCAAUCGCCGAAAAGAAUUUGACGAGAGCUUUUAAUGAGUAACCAAGUUGAGUUAAUUAAAGACAGUGAAACUUUAUCUGACAAAUAUGGCAUGGCAAUAUUUACAGUGGGAGCAUAAGUAAACUAUGUUCGUUAAAUCAUUAUCCAGUACCCAAAUGUAAACAUGUGCGGAUAUUAUCGGACUGUAUCGUUAUGAGGUAUCUGCUGUUCGUUUUAAAUCAAACUUUUAUUGUAUUUAAACAAAAAUAAUAAAACAUGUUAUUUUGUAAUUCAUAAUUUCUUUAUUUAGCAAUAGAAGUAAAAAUGAUGAUGAAAAUGCUAAUAUACAACAUCCAUUGUAAGUCAAUGCUCAGUACAUAGAAUUCUAAAGGGGACAUUGAGAAAACCAGGCCGCUGAGAAAACCGGACAAAACACUCGGUCCGAAAGCCGUCCGGUUUUCUCAACUUUCUCUGUAAUAAAAAAUAACUGACAUUAACUGGAUUUUCUCAAUUAAUGCAAAUAAAAGGAUAUGUUGUGCUUUGAGGGUACCUAUGUUCAAAAAUGAGAGGGUACCUGUGAUAUAAAAAUUCAAAUGAAUUGCGGCUGCAAAACUGAAAGUAGGGUGUUUUUAUGAAUUUUACAUUUAUUUUUGACAAUAUACUGCCAUUUGUCCGAAGAUGAUAUGUAUGUGAACAUAUUAAAUAUGUAUGAUGCAUAUAUAAUCAAGCCACAGGUUCAUAUCAGCCAGAAAAAUAUGUCGAGAUGAUGGGCGAUGCAAGAUAUGUCGAAUUGUUGUAGCUUAUUGUGAAGUUGCAGUACAUGAAAAUCAGGCACAUGAUGAAUCAGCACAUAAAUAAAACAUUCUAGUGUUCCGUGGUAUUCAUCUUUUCUAAUUGUCAUACCUCCUUUCCUUAUUACAAUGAAACGUUACUGCAUUGUUAUCCACCGCUGGUUUGUUUUUAGCAGAGAAUGACCUGUGCAUGUUCAAAGAGGGUACCGUUUGAGCAGAUUUCGCAAAGAGGGUACCGAUAUGGAUAUGUACCGUGGAUUUGUUCAAACGUUUCUUUGUUUGCUUU